UCGGGCUAGUGGGGGUUGGCUCGCGUCGCAGAACGAGGCGAAGUACGGUGUAGGCGCGCUCACCGGAUCCAGCUUCAGUGUCGUUCCGGCUGCGGCUUCGUACGGUUAGCUACACACCUCCGUCGAGUCGUCGCGUCAUCGCAGGUAGCCUAUCCUGCCCGUAGAGCGCACGGUUGUCGGUUAUGAUAGCCAGUGUACCACUGAUCCCCUUCAGUUCAGUGCCGGACCGCUUAAACCCCGUGAACGAUGGGCUAGACCCCGGUGCGCGUUGAUGAGAUUUAGAAAAACAAGUUGCUCCGAGUUAAUGUGUCAGUGUGUCGUAAUGUAUCCGGGCAGUUAAUUGGAGACACGAGUGUGAUCGAAGUAACUCGGGGGAGAGAUAGCGAACCGUGUAGAGACAUCGGUGAUAUAAGAUGAGCCCAGCCUCACAGGGCGGCGUAGAGGUGGAGCGUUACAUAGGUAGCUGUCUGAUAUCGUCAAACCUGAGAUCAGCGUCCCACAAGCCGAUCAUAGGCAAGAAGGAUCCGUUAGUUCGAGGAAAGUCUCGUGGCUGUUACCCUGGUCAGAGUUUCCCUAGUGAGCAGAGGGUGCAGUAUGGUCCUGGUGGUUGGGCCGGUGCCCCCUUGAUAUCCAUGACGUCCAGCCCUAGAAGAUGUAACCAGAGAUCCUCGCCAUCCCUUUGUCAGCAGCAGCAACAGCAGACCCAACAGCAGCAGCAGCAACAGCAGCAGCAGCAGCAGCAGCAAAUCUGCGAUCAGCAAGUGUCGACACACCUGUCCAAGAAUCCGCUCUCGAGGCUGGCGAUCCACACACAGGGAGCGCCGCUAAUCUUGACCGGUCGGUUUCACAAUCGAGGCAAGCCGCAGAACAACACCGGGACCGCCGCGAAUGGCAUUGGCAACCCGGUGUGCAGCGCCGCGCCGGUUAGUAGUUACGUUCACAACAAUGGGAACGCCGGCACGGGCGGCACGAUGAACGCGUCGAGGUGUCUAUCGCGGACCCAGCGAGCUGAGCUGCCUAAAAAACAGCAGCAGCAGCAGCAGGCUAGUCCGAAGCCAGAGUGUCCGAGCAAGGAUGCCACCAACGGGACCAACAGCAUCGCGAACAUCGACUCGCUGAGCAUCGCCAGCGACGAGAGCUCGGGCUCGAACAACUCGGAGAACAGUCUGCCGCGGAUAAUCAAGCCCCGCAAGCGUAGAAAGAAAGACAGGAAGCCGACGACCGGCGUGAACGUGACUGUCGGAGACGCGAAGCACGAGGAUCAGCAACAAACCAGCGCGACGGUGGAGUCAAGCGUGCCUGUGAACCCUUUGAAACCGUACGGAACCGGCUGCUACGAGACACCGUCUCAGCUCAGGAAUCACAGAAGGCCACCGUUGAGCAGGGAAAGUAGCGGCGGCGGAUACGGUGGAUGCAGAGCAGCAGCGCAGGUAGCGGGCAUGUCAGCGCAGGAGAUCGGCGACGCGCGACAUAGGUACGCACACCGGCACGUGGAAGUGAAAGUGCUCGACGACAACAGAAACGUCGUCGUGCCGGUGCAAAUUCGAACGGUACCGAAAGGGUACAGGCACGCGGCGGCGGCCGGCCACCACCACGUGGCCGUGCCGCGGUACCUGCACGAGUAUGGCCUGGUGGGCUGCGAGGACGGUAUCAAGGACGGGUUGAACUCCUCGUGUCAGUGCAGGUACUGCGACCCGUCCGGGCUGAUCUGGGACGUAGAUCAGAACUGUUACCCGCCAUCGUUCUUCGCGCGCCCGGAGUUCUGUUCCAAUCAUUUCUCGCACAUGUCGUUGUACCUCUCCCGGCCAGGAUUGAACUGUCAGGGACACGCCGCGGAGAAGCUGUUGAACGAUCAUCUGGCGCAUCAUCACGAAAGAGAUCCGGUCACCGGAUCUGGUGUCGUGCUGAGACGCAGCUGGAGCGACCCAUCGAGCUACUUCAGCGAGGAGAUCGCCGCGCCCAGCAAAGACGUCGGUGUGAUCGGUGACAGGGGACAGAGUGAGAGUGGCAAGCGUCGAACGCUAUGGCGCGGCGACUCGAUCGGCAUACCCACGAACGGCGUCGUCGGGUCACCCGGCGGGCCGGUGGUUAACGGCGCCGUGGCAUCCCCUAAAGGUUUGGAAGUCUCCACCGAAAUCAUCACGUCACCCAAUGGCCACCGGGAUCUAGAGAUCAAGUUCUAUUCGGCGUCGCCGAACGCGCCGGCGCCUGAGGAGGACAAGAUCAUCUUCGCCGAGGAGCUGGACGAGGACGAAGAGGACUUCAGCGACAUUUGGAGUUACCACGAGUCCAAGCUGCAGCAGGACUUCCGUACACUGCUACAAGCGGAGGAGUGAAACGGAUUAUUCUUCUCUGUACGGUCAUCGUCGAGACGGAAACCGGAGUAGUUCCGUGCACACUCUUCCCCCGUUUUAUUUUCUUUCCCUCCAUUCGUGGUUGUUGGUGUGCUCGCCGCCCGGCCCGGAUGAAUCUUGGAUCGCGCGUGCGACGAAGAAUGGAGUGCGAGGAUUGGUUCGCGACGGACGGAAUUCCUCUCGUGGACCCGCAUCGUCCGAAAUUUCGCGCGCGGGUUCUGGUAUAGUCGACGGUAAACGGGCUGGGGGCUUGUUGGAGGUUUUGUGGCGAGCGGGAGCGUGUUUGAAUGUUUGAAAUGUUACACCUUCUCUUGGCAAUCUUUGCACGAGAAGUUGAUUUUUCGUUAUCGUUGAAGUUUAAGGUUAUAUGGAUUUUAUGGAGAAAUUCUUAUGUGAAGAGCAGAUUUCAAGUUUACAUUUUUAUCAUUGUGUGUCGAGAGUUUGAAGUAAUACAGAAUUCUUUUCUCGCAUCGAUAAAAAGAAAAAGAACUAUUUUACUCUUGUCACGAUAUUUUAGAGCUGCAAGCGGAAAAUCCACUUUCGACGUUCUUCAAACAACGUCAGCGCGAAAUUUACCGGCGACGUUAUAUUAUCCGAAAGAAAAUGUCUACUUUAAAUUUAGCGCAAGGUCGCUCCCGAUCGCGUCACCGUUUCAUUAAUUAACGAUGUUCUUUUACCGUUGACUAUGUCUCUGAAAACUUGUCUCAGCGCACGACGCCCACGUCGCGGUCCCCGACGAUCGACGAGUGUAGCCGGCGGUAACGAGCGAGGAGACUACGUGUCGAACGAUUCUUCCUCCUAACGGUGUACGUUGUAUACAGACACUAUACGUGACGUGCGUGCACGCGUCGGAGCAGCUUCUGGAGGAUCGUGCCUGGACGGUUGCAAAGUGCGACGGCGGUUGUUCGUUUGUCGGCGACACCGUUCUCGAUCGAAUCGAUUUCGACGAAGCCAGUGCAUUAAGGGGUGCGUCAAUGGGCCUCCAUCAUCGUCGGAGCAAAUAUAGUGUCUUUCCCGAGGCACGAACGGCUUCUUAAGCCUCUCCGGCCGACUGCGAAUCUGGGUUGACCGUUACCGCUCGGGAUUUUCGUGAAUUGAAACUCGCUCGAUUCCUCGUUUUCAUAUUUCACCGCACCGGAGAAAUUUCUAGAAGGGGACUAUAUUUGUUCCAACGAGAAUGAACGCAGCCGCGUGUGCAGUUUCUCGGUGCACGGUUGGGUGUUAUUCGGGACAUCUUAUAGUUAACCCUUUGCUUCAUGAUUCGUUCAAGUUUGCGAGAACUGCUUUAUCGUUGACCCUUUGCUGACGAGAAUUCCGGGAAACGCAUUACGAAUGUUUUGCUUGUGGAAGUAAAUUAUAUAUCGAAGUGUUGGAUGAUGCUAGGUGAGAAUGAAAGCGAAUGCUGGCCUUGUCAUAUGAAUAGACGGUUCAUUUGUUCAUUGAAAUUCGGAGUACGUGACCUUUUUUAUCGUUCAUCAGAGGGUUAAUCACCAGUAGAUAAUAAAAGAGAUGAUAAAAGUUCAUUUGUCGCGGAAGUUGAAUGUUCAUUGGAAAGCACUUUCCUCCGAUCGAUGUGAUAUAUUUAUUAAAUUGAACGGAACAGUUGCAUCGCGGGUCCAGCUUGAUAAACAUUGUGAGGCAAGGGGUGGCGAGAUCGCGAAUAAAAACCGUAUUGUUCGGAGAGCAACGAAUAAUCGUUUAGUCGGAUAAGAUUAUUCGUUGCCCGGGAAUUGACUCCUUGAGGGAUUUCCUCCCGGUACGGAGGAAAGCUCACCGAGAGCUCCGGGUAAUUGAUGAUUGCACGUCCGAUCGACGCGAAACAUUUGCAACGAGAUAAGGCGUCUUUUACACGGCGCUGACCACCGUCGACGAGACAAAUAGAGACGCGACUGUUUAAAUCGUAAUAAUCGAUGGAAUCGUCCAGCGAUCGUCAGGAGAGCUCGUAUUUCAUGUCUACGCGUUUUCUCCCUUCCUAACCGCAGUCACGCGAUGCCCGCGGCCGCACUACUCGCACAGCGAUUCAUUGUUUUCCCAUCGUCCGCCACCGCUACGUGCUUAUUUCCUUCGAGUUCGGUUUUUCCGUCGCCGAGGCUCGAAACAGUAUUUCGCUCGCAUGCGCCUCGAACAUUACUUUCUCCUUUUUCUGUCACCGCCUUGUAUUUCUCCAGCGAUUUUCGAAGAAAUACGCGAAACGUUCGUUCGACCAGUAUCAAUUACAUUAACCUAAUUUUCUCUUGGACAUUCGAGAUUUCUUGUUUUAUUCGAACUUCACUUUUGUCGGUUUUCUUAUUUGAGAAAGAGCAGAAGAAUCUCGUUUGGAAUAUCUAAUAAGUUAUGAUUGAACUGCGCGUUUUCCUCAUUUAUAUCGUCCUCGUUUGAUCCGCUGGAAUUCGAUACUCCAAUUUAACUAAGUUUCACAGAGAUUAACGUGAUUCCUGCCUUUAGCAACACGCAACGAGAUCCUUGAUGAACUAGAGAAGUUCGUUUUGAAUUUCAAUUUUUGUAAAUCGGCCAGCAAAUAUCUUUAUUAACAAACUUAACGAUCAUACUUCGCGACGAAUUCGUAGCACCGAGCAUUUGUGCGCGUUUUUCAAUAUUCUCGAUGUUUACAUAUUUUCUCGUGUCGUUUUUAUGUUCGUUUAACGGUUGGAAACACUGAGUCUGUGUUUUGACGCAUGAGAGCGCGCCGGUUGCCAUGUUUUACGAAAACUGAGCGUAAUAAGGCGUAGCGGGGGACUUAUCGAGACUGAUUCGCCCGUGUGCGCGGCGUAGCUGCGCUCGACUUUAGUCAAAGGGCACCGCCGCGGAUUUCUGUAAACCUACCGAGGGAAACGAGGAACACACAGGGAAAUGAGUCGAUCGAUCACAAAACUCUGCGGGGAGCAGCAGCCGUUCCAGCGUCCGUGAUAGGCCGACUUGUUCGUCACUAGAAAUAUUUGCGUGCGACAAUUACGACGUGCAUACGUGUUUCUUUCUUUUCUUCUUUUCUUGCUCUUCUUCGCUAACGUCUCUGCGUGCGCGACACGGACAUACACGAGGAUUUCGCGUUGAUAGAGGAAUAAUGAGGAUUUACCCCUUGCACUGUGAUUUCUUUCAGAACUGCGGGCGUCAGAAGUAUGACAUUGUUUAUAAUUAAUUGGCAAAAGGAUAGGAUUAUUUUAUUGUUCGUAGUUCAUUGAAAAGAGGAUAAAAUUAUUUUACUAUUCGUAUAUUCUUCAUUGGAAAACAAACAAAAUUCCACGAUCAUACUGUAUCUACGUUUGCUUCUAAACGCUGCAAUUGGCAAUAGAAAAUUACCAUUUAAUUUGAUCUAGAAGGGAUUACGCGAUAUUCCUAUUUGUUGAAGUCUGUUUGAAAUCUUCGCCACGAGUUUGACACGAUAUUGUAGGGCAAGGGGUUAACAACACGUGCGCAACGUAUUUAAUAUACAUACACACGCGUAAAAAUACAUCUUGUGCGUCACGGACGAGGCGUGAGGUUCACCUAACGUAUAAUUGGAUUUUGGGUGUUAGGGAUUAAUGGAGAAGUGUUUUUUGUCCUUUUUUUAGUUGAAUGGGUGUAACGUAAGUGGGCAGAUCUUUUGGGGUUGUUUGUGCAGGGAAGUUUAAGGUGGGUUUAAAGGGUUUGAAGCUUAUUAGGGGAUGAUUGAUGAAACUUCGGUGGAUAGUGAUCGUAUAGAAAUAUUUGUUACAGAUUUUGUUUGUCGGUUAUCGUUUACAUUGAAGGGAUGAAAAUAGUUUAGGAAGUUGAGUGAGGAGCUUGUGCGGUUGAAUAUUUCGGGAAUUACGGGAGCUGCGGAAUAUUCGAAGAAUUUUCGUAAAGCAUUGUAGAACGGAAGUUCACUGCUUUUUAAUUGGACUCGUUUGAACACUGCCUUUCGCAGAUAAUAAAAACAAAAUUUAAUUACAAUAAUCUUUUUUAUAAUACAAGAAUGAAAAUUCCCAUUUACGACAGUGAACAUGUUAACCGCUUAACAAAGAAAUUUUUUUGUUGUGUAAUUCUAUUCACGAACUUUGAGUCAAAUUAGUAUUGCUCCCAUUCGAUUACCAAAACAUAAACUGGCCAUCAUUUAAUUCCUUAAAAGAAAAUCUUUCCGUUUGAUUAAGUAAAUUCAUUAAAUGAAUCUUUGCACUCGACAAUAUUGUUCACCAUAAAUAUUCAUUACUUCCUGAUGAAAUAUCCAUAUUUUUUGUAAUUAACCUGAAGAAAAUUUGUGCAUAAAUGCAAAUGCAAAAUUGACUCUUGAAUUAAAAAUUGCAUAAUUAUACCUUGUUAAAAUCGAAUGCAACGUGUUAAUAGCGAAAAUAGUGCAACACAUUCGAAGUACAGACCCAAAGUCGACCGAUCGAAUUUUGACUCGCUGUUCCAACAGAAAUAAAACCAGAAACCGUAUUUGGCAAAAGUGCAAUGGGAAGAAUAUCCGAGCAAGCAGCGCUGUUCGCUCUCGUAAACACCAAUUGACUCGCUCCGCGCGAUAGUGGUGAAAAUUCUAACUGCCGUGGUUUCUUGAAAAUCCCACUUAAAUGUCUCCGGCGAGGCGCACUUGAUUUACUCCGCCCACUUCUCUAAAGUGUUCUCGCGCCGCGUUAAUCGACCCGUCUCCCGUCGUUUGUUCGUUUCCUGCGACGAAACGACGUGAUCACCUCGCAAAGAAAAAAUAUAAUAAUGUUUCCCACGAUUUCCAAUUCAUCUCUACCAGAGAAAUAUUUAAUAGGUCGACAAGAUUUCGUUGUACACGCUAAUUGUUCGAGCACGGUUUUUCGAAGUGGCAAUGGUGUUUUAUCGUUUCGCAAAAUUUCCGAUAUUUUUUUUCGCAAACAUAAUGAAUUUACGCAGAAUCUGUUCUCUCGUGGCUCGCUUGCACCGGGGAUAUUUAUACUGUUGAGCGCUGGAUGGAUAUAUUUAUUUUCGGCGUUCCGUUAAAUGCCGUUAUUUUGCGCUACAUAUUACUGUGGAUUAUUUUAUUCUGUACUCUGCCUCUGUUCCCCCGAGUGAAACGGCUGCUUUAACUGCCACGCAAUGGCAGCUGGAAGGCUAAUUUCAUAUAUGAUUUUCGGAUUGAUACUCAUUAGCUCGUACAUUCCUGGUUAUAUUAUUUUGAGAACUACCAGAAUCAUUUCCUCUGGUUUUGUAUUAUGUAACUUUACUUCGCAUCUGUGUAAAAAAGAAAUUCACUUUAAAAAUCCUUGCUUCCCAAAGUUCUGUAAUUUAAGUUGAAGGAUCGAUUACCAGUAUUUAUAUUAUCAAAAAUUAAUCAUCAAUGUAAUGCAUUCGCAUCACAUUUCAAUUAAUUUGAACCAAACAAUAUCCUCAUUUAUUACAUUCAGUCUAAAAGCCGUCAGCUUGAACAUCGGAUGCAAUAAAAAAAAUUAGUUCGAUCGAGGAACCACUGGCACGACGAUUCUUUUCACCAUACAAACAAUAACCAACCAAGCGAAAAUCUCUGAGUACCCAAAAAUCUCUCGCACCGAGCCAAAAUGAUUGACAAACGAUACAAGAUUGUUUGAAACACGAGUUCAACCAAAAGCCUCGUCCGCGUUCCAUGUCCUCUCUCGCUUAGAGCGUAAGGCCUAGAUUGUAAGGCGAUCUACUUAGAUUACCAACACACAUGAACACGAAACGUGCAAGCAAACACACACACACACACACACACAUAUAUACAUACGCACGCACACACCGUUGUCUAUAUGUGUAUAGAAUGUGAAAGAGGCGCGUGUCGAACGGUCCGCCUUUUAUUUACCAUUAGUCCGUUAGGGAUUAAAACUGCGAAGGAAAGAGAACUGCGCGGUGAUCAUCGACCGAGAGCGAGAAAGUACAUACAUACGCGCACGAGCGUGCGAUGUUUAACGUAACGAACCCACACACGCGUAUGCGAGAAGGAUAAUCGAGCCGCGAGCGAUCACCGAACCCGUUUUAAUUAGACUUUAAGGGCGCCUCGCGACGAUGCGAACGGACGAGACGCAAAGAUCACCACCGCGAGUGAAGGAUCGCACAGGAGCAAUAUUUAUCUGUUGCCGGCUGGCGCGCGUCGCCGCCACGCAGCAAGUUUUAUUGCUAAGUAGCAACAGACAAAUAUUGACGUCGACACUUGUUAAAGCAGCAUGUGCCGCGUAUGAGAUACGCGGAGGCCUGUUGUUGUUGCUGCUGCUGCUUUAAUAACGCAUCCGCCUGGCAUUCUUCGAGCGUGUUCGAGCGAGCCGCGCGAUUCUAAACCGCGUUCACUCUCGUUUCACCGUUCAACCCCCUCGUUCACCGUUCAGUUUCUCUCUCUCUCUCGUUUCCUCUUCCCUCUGUCCCUUGUUUCUCCAUCGAGUUUUCGAUUGAUUCGCGUCGAUGUUCUGCAGCGUUCCGACUAUACAUCUCUUUUCCUUCCCUUCGCGGCGGGCCGCCAUUGCAAAUCGAUCGGCCGCGUUCGCCGAGGAAUGAAGACGGUUUUCGAUCUUCGUUUCUCGAGGGAAACGGUCCUCGCUCGAGAAGAACGCGGCUGGUUUCGCUUUUAACCCUUCGCGGUCCGAAGAGCUGUUCUUGGUUUUUCCGUCUGCGAGUUGUUCAACGCGACUGUUUCGACGACUCUGCUGCGCUCCUGCGGUCUUUUUCGACCUGAUUACGCUUCCGUUUCUGUAACAUCGUUCCUUUAAUAUCUCCUCCCCGAUUUUAUAACGUUCGUAUUUUGCCGGAGGUUCCUGCGAGUUCGAGGAAACUACGGGGAAAUAGUUACCACCGUUUGUUCCUAUUUUGUUCGAUGGCGUUUCGAGUGUCUUGGUAAACCGCGGAGCGUAGCGGGGUUAAUUUAUUCGAGGAGCGUUGAGAUUGUGUUUAUAUCUGAUGCAACCGCAAUAUAUUGAUAUUUGUCGCGAAGUAUUCCGAUAUACUUGAAAUCGAAUCGAGUGUCGAAUUUACUUCGGCGAAGGAUCGUGAAGGGUUAAUCUUCGGCAACGUUAUAAUUUAUUUCGACCGAUGAUACGCACUUUGCGUCUCGUUGAACGUUCGAGAGAAUCGCGCGAGCCGCGGGAAUGGUCACGCGUACACCUACGAACUCGUUAAGUUCUUCUCGCGUGACGAGAUUUCUUUUCUUCUCUCUCUUUUUUUUUCUUUUCGUUUCUCAUCGAA